AUGAUACAUUCUUGGUUUCAAAUUGAUAUUCAACAAUAUUCUUUAUUUGCAUGUAAACUUUAUUCAUUUUCAAUUUAUUUUUUUCCACAAACAAGUGCAUGGAUAUUAACAGCUGUGUCACUUGAUCGUGUUGUUGCAUUAACUCGUGUACGAAAAUUAAAAAAAACACGUUUAACAUACAUUGUAUUAUUAAUUAUCUUUACUUUUUUAUUUCUAUUAAAUGUACAAUUUUUCUUUUAUGACAAUAAGUAUUCAUCAUCAAAAGAUAGAAAAUAUACACCAACACAAUCAUCAAACUAUGGUGCUCAUUCCAGUCAUUAUAUCACUUGGCAUGAUUCUCUAUCAUCACAUAUAUUGUCAAUAGAAAAUUCUAGUAAUUAUAUAAUUCAUGAUCAUCUAACUUCUCCUCCUUCAUCAUCAAUCUAUCAUCUUGUUGAUGCUGCUAUUGAUAUAAACGUUGUUCAAUGUUCAUCAGAACACAAUAUUAAAUAUCGUGAUUUUUAUUAUAAUGUUUGGAUUUAUAUUGAUGCUACAGUUAACGUCUAUUUACCAUUUACACUAAUGUUUUUAUGUUCAAUUGUCAUAUUUAUUAGUGUUGUUACAACAAUGACAGAUGCACAUAAUUCAAAUAAACGUAUUGUAGCCAAAAAUUUAAGUGUUAUGUUACUAAGUGUAAAUACCAUGUUUGCGUUAUUAACUGCACCGAUUGUUUUCUAUCUCAUGUUCGAACAAAAAAGAUUUCCAUCAAACUCAAUAUUAAAAAAUAACUGUAAUUUACGUUUCAAAGCUAAACAUAAAAUGAUUAAAUUGAUAUGUAUUCUAUUAAUGAAUGCUAAUCAUACCAGAAAUAUUUU